AUGGGAAUGGCACCAAAGAUUGACAACACUGACGAUUUCAAGACUUGGCUCAAGGACACGUCCAAACAGGAAGGUUUAAUCAUUGGACCAGAUGUCAAGCCAGCUCUUCCAUCAGCAUCAGUCAAGGAAGGACAAAAUUCCACUGCUUCAUUUCAUUAUUUUCCCAGGAUACCCUUCUUCAGUGGAGAAACAGGCAAAGAUACUCCCUAUGACUUAUGGCGAUUUGAAGUUGACUGUCUACUCCAGUCUAAGACCCACUCCCAUGAUGUCAUUCUGCAGGCUAUGAGGAAAUCUUUGAAAGGUGAAGCAGAUCUUAUUGCCAUGAAACUUGGAAGGAAUGCUACCGUUGACAACUUGUUAUCCAAGAUGAAGAGUGCCUUUGGAACAUUACCUUGGAGAGCUUCUCUCAUGUCUGACUUGUAUAGUUGUUUUCAAAGAGAGGAUGAAGAUGUCACCACAUGGGGAUGUAGGCUUGAGAAUAUGUUAUACCAGAUAACGGAGCACCACCCUAUUCAAGAGGAAGAACAGGAUGAGAUGUUCAGGACUCGUAUGUGGGAUGGACUGAAGUCUGGACUGAAGGGUGGUGCUGCUCAAAAGUUUGAUGCCAUCAACAAUUUCGAUGACCUACGACUUUGUUUGAGAGAAAUAGAGUUUGACUUAAAGAGAAACAAGUCUGGAAUACCAACAAAGAAGCAGUCAGCCACAGCUAAGAUGGUUACUACUUCGAACGCAUCUGGUGCUGCAGCAACUAAGGGGGAAGUCACAGAUCUCAAAGUCGUGAUGGAAGAGAUCCGGAGAGAGAUAUCCGAGUUGAAGAAACCCUUCCACCGCGAUGGCUCCCGGAGUCAUUCCUCCAUUAUGACCCAGCCAAGACUGAUUUCAGAUCUCCGCUGA